AUGAUCCUCUCUCUUCAAUUCCUCACCAUCGCCCUCGCGGCCACUGUUGCUGCUCGUCCCGGGGACUGGGACAAGGGAAGAAAGCCCGGCCCCAACCCGCCAAGCAGAUCUACUACCACCAUCGCCACAACCACCACAGCCGCCGUCUCUACAACUACAAAGCCUCCCCAACCCUCAUCACCAGCAUCCAAAUUCUUCCCCUUCUGGCCUUUCCGGGGCCCCAAUAGCAACAACAACAAAUGCUGGAGUGACUUCAAAGAUUGCCGGCGGAACCCUGACUCUGGGUCUGGAGCAUGCGUGUCUACCUACGCCGCUUGCAUCGGGACUCAAGCCAGUUCCCGCAUGCCAGCCACAUCUGUCACUUCAGCCCCGGGAGUAAUGCCUACAUUCAACCUGCCCCACCCUCUUCUUCCUCCGCUGUCGCACAUUGGCAAGCAUCAUGGCCGUGUGAGGAAGUGUAACGAAGCUUAUUGGGCUUGCCGUGCGCAAUCUGGUGGGAAACAGUCGAACUGCUAUUCGGAUCUCUCUACUUGUCUGGCAAACAUUGGUAGUUCGGCUACUUCUACUGGCGUGCCUCCCAGUUCUACCGGUUCAGCUACUGCUUCGGCGACUAGUACCUCAGUGGUCGCUGCUAACCCUACCGGUCAAGACGACGACGACGAUGAUGAUGAUGACGAUGAUGACUCGUCGCCUUCCAAUGCCACUUCUUAG